AUUAUUAUUUGGUAUUUAUAUAAUUACUCCCAUUUCCAUUUUCUCCUCAUUUGCCUAUCCCCUUGUUCUCCACAGCAAAACAAAGAGAAGUUCAUAACAGAAGAAGAGAGAGAGAGAGAGAGAGAGAGAACUAGCUAUGUCUGAUGAAGAACACCAUUUUGAGUCCAAAGCUGAUGCUGGUGCCUCAAAAACUUACCCUCAACAAGCUGGUACUAUUCGCAAGAAUGGUUAUAUAGUUAUCAAAGGCAGACCUUGCAAGGUUGUUGAGGUCUCCACUUCCAAAACUGGCAAGCACGGACAUGCAAAAUGUCACUUUGUGGCAAUCGACAUUUUCAAUGGAAAGAAGCUUGAAGAUAUUGUUCCUUCAUCCCACAAUUGUGAUGUGCCACAUGUCAAUCGUACCGACUAUCAGCUGAUUGACAUCUCUGAAGAUGGUUUUGUGUCUCUUCUUACUGAAAAUGGAAACACCAAAGAUGACCUCAGACUUCCCACCGAUGACGCCCUGUUGAACCAGGUUAAAGGUGGAUUUGAGGAAGGAAAGGAUCUCGUUCUGUCUGUGAUGUCUGCAAUGGGUGAAGAGCAGAUCUGUGCUGUGAAGGACAUUGGUACCAAGAGCUAGUUGCGCUCAUUCUGCAGCAUAAAUAAUUGCUUUUUAGCCAAGACGCUUUAUAUCUUGUUAUCGUGGUACUUUGCAAUCCGUUUUAUCGUGAAAAUGCCUUGUAUCUAUUGGCAUGGCUUGAAUAGUUGAACUCUAUAGUUUUUGUUUGGCAAAAGGCAAUAAACUGGAUUUGAUAGCAGAAAUAAUCUACAUGAAUGUCACUUUCUUUUUA